AUUUAGAAGGAAACGGAAGAUGGAGGGGGGAGUGCGGAUCCAAGAGACACUGCGGGUAAAAAUCGGUGAGGCUAAGCAUCUUCCCCCUUCCAGUAGUAAUGUAACUUCUGGACUGCGAGACACUUACUGCAGUGUGGCUUUGGACCAAGAACAGAUUUUCAAAACUUCACUGAUCGAGAGAAAUUUAAAUCCUUUUUAUGGUGAAGAGUUCCAGUGUGAAAUUCCAAGAAAAUUUCGAUUUCUCAAGUUUUAUGUCCAUGAGAAGACAGUCAAACAAGACAAAAUCAUAGGCAAUGUGGUAAUAAAGAAAGAAGAAUUACACAAAUACCAUGGGAAGGACCACUGGCUCCCUCUGCAUCCUGUGGAUGCAUUAUCCGAGGUCCAGGGAAAGGUCCAUGUGGAACUGAGACUUAGCGAAUGUCUGGACACAAGGGGGAGCCACAUGCCCUCUCACAGACUCUCCGUCAGAGUUGUGGAAUGUAGUGACUUGACAGUGAUCAAUGGUGCUUGUAACCCAUAUGCCGAGGUCACCUUGACCUUUGGCAAAAUGCAGAAAAAUGUGGAAAAUAAAAGGACAGCUGUGAAAAAGAAGACAAUUUGUCCACAGUUUGACGAAACUUUUUUCUUUGAUUUAAAAAAGAAAGGCCAGAACCAUGACAGGAUGACCCAGUACAUAGUGGACGACUCCACUAACGCAGAGCUCAGCAUUUCACUGUGGCAUGACGAUUCUCGGGUGUCAAGGGAAGUGUUGGGACACAUGUUUCCGGGAGCUUUUCUGGGCGAGGUUAAAAUUCUUCUCAAAGAUCUGGACCAGACAACUGCACACAAUGCAUGGUAUUUUUUAAGUCCCAGAGAAAGCAGUUCCAAGAAACAUGAACUGGGUUCUCUGAGGCUGAAGAUCUCGUACACGGCUGACCACGUGUUCUUGUCUCAUUACUAUAACGACCUGAGGAAUCUGCUUCUGAAAUCACCUGAAGUACAGCCAAUCACCUCCAGUGCGGCAUACAUCUUAGGUGAAGUGGUGGAGCAACGCCAAGAAGCGGCACAGCCUUUAGUAAAGGUGUUCCUCCACCAUGAGAAAUUAGUUCCUCUCAUUGAAGCCUUGUCUGAUUGGGAGAUCUCCCGAAUAUCGGACCCAAAUACUAUAUUCCGUGGCAAUACUCUAGCCAGUAAGUGUAUAGAUGAGCUGAUGAAAGUUGUGGGCAUGCACUAUCUGCAUGAUACACUCAAAGCUAUUAUAGAUGAGAUAUUUGAUGACCACCUACCCUGUGAGGUGGAUCCCACCCGCCUCUCCCCAAGUGAAAACCUGGACAACAACAUCAACAAUCUGCGAGGUUAUAUCGAGAAGAUCAUCGUGGCCAUCACCCAGUCUGCUCUCCAGUGCCCAACAAUCAUGUGUCAGGUCUUUGCCGUACUCAAGGAAAUCGCCACCAAAUAUUUUCCAGAAAACAAAGCAGUCCGCUACCAGGUUGUCAGUGGAUUUAUUUUCCUCAGGUUUUACGCACCCGCCAUCUUGGGACCAAAGUUGUUUCAGCUGAGACAGGAAACUCCAGACCAAAGUACAAGUAGAAAACUUACACUAAUUUCCAAGGCAGUGCAGAGCUUGGGAAACCUAGUAAGCAGUAAACAUGCCUCCUAUGGUUUCAAGGAAGAUUACAUGGUGCCUUUGUUCAGAAGUUUCAGCACAGAACAUCACACUGCUGCUUUAAGAACUUUUCUGGACAUUGUCUCUACAGCCAGGACCCAGUCCAGGACUAUUACCACCACCAUUGUCUUAAAAGAAGGCAUGAUGACCAAGAGAGCUCAGGGAAGGCGGAGGUUUGGAGUUAAGAAUUUCAAAAGACGCUACUUUUGUCUCACCAACCAGUAUUUAUCCUAUGCAAAAUCAAAAGAUGAUGAGCCACUGUGUGAGAUUCCUGUUGAUGAAAUACUCGCAGUAGAGACUGUAGAAGAGGAAUCUUUCAAAAUGAAAUAUAUGUUCCAGGUGGUGCAGCCUCAGAGGACAUUGUAUAUCCAGGCUAACAACUGUGUGGAGAUGAAGGAAUGGACAGACAUUUUAUCCAAGAUCUGUGAGAUGAAUGAAAACCGGCUUCAUUUCUAUCACCCUGCAGGGUUUGUGAAUGGACACUAUCUCUGUUGCAAUGCCACAGAGCAAACUGUUGGCGGCUGUGCCCCUGUGACCAGUGAGCUGCCGGACAUUAAAGUGGUCAUUGACCCAGAUUUAGAGCUGGAGAGAAUCCACUCCUUAUUUCUGUCUAAUAUGGAGAAACUGGAAAAGUUACAAGUGGAACAAAAAUCCAAAUGUGAUACCUGUGCGGAGCUGGAGGUGUAUUCAGGCACAGAGACCCCCUCCAAACCCCCCACAGCCAUACUGGAGGACACCAAGACGUGUUUUGAGACUCUCAGUGAAAUUCUGGCCUGCGUUAUAAGUCUGGAGCAAGAGCAUAAGCAAUAUGUGAAGGAUAAACAUAGGAACACAGUCUAUGGAUCACAAGAGACGCCAAUUGGUGAUGAGAAUUACCUUCUUAUGUCAGGACACAUUCAAACAAAGUUAUAGCAGCACUUGUUUAAACAUCUCUCUUUAAAAAGAAAAUAAUCAUUAUUAUUUGGUAAUUUCAAACAUCAAUUAUUGAUAUUUAAACAAUAUCAUUUUAGUGAAAUAAUCUUUGAAGGGGUGUUUCUGAUUAUAAUCGGUAGAAAACCAGAUGGAACAAGAAUUUUUUUAUGAUAUCAAAACAACUUAAAAUCUUGGGAACUUUGAGACAGGCUUGCUAUAAUGGAAGAUAUUCCACAGGUGAAUGGGUGUACGAGCACCUAAUAUAGGACAUUAGACACCAU